AUGGCUCCCGGUAAAACCAAGGUGCUUUUUACCGGAGCCACCGGUUAUAUAGGAGGUUCAGUCCUGGAAGCUCUAUUGACUUCUCAAAUCGAAGUACUCCGAGACGAGAUCGUUAUCAGCGCACCGGUUCGAAAGCAAGACCAAGCGCAGAUCUUAGAGUCAAAGGGUGUCAAGUCCUUUGUUUUCAAUGGCCUGGAUGAUACUGCUCAGAUGGAAAACCUAUCCAGAGAGCAUGAUGUGGUCAUCCAUACGGCUUCCACCAUGCACACGGAGGCAAUUGAAGCCAUGAUUACUGGAUUGGCAGGUAGAAGGGAAGCCACUGGAAGUAAGGUCUUCUUUAUACACACUGCGGGAACAGGCAGCUUGGCAGAUCGUCCAAUUACAGGUUCCCUUGUAGAACACCGGAUCUUCUCUGACAAGUCUGAUAAUAUUUACCAGUACUUAAAGGACCGGCAAGAGAUAGAAGAUUUACCUGUCCGUCGCAGUGAUGUGGCGAUCGUCGAAAUCGGCCGCAGACUUGCCGUUCCGACAUUCAUUCUGAUGUCCCCAUUGAUCUAUGGCGUGGGUACGGGAUUGUUCAACAAGCUAUCCAUUCAAAUUCCCGCCAUGGCCCGUGGAGCUAUCCAAGCACAGCGAGCUGAGGUCGUGGGUGAUGGGUCGCAGCGUUGGGGUAAUAUCCACAUCGCCGAUCUCGGUGAUCUUUAUGAACUGCUCCUCUCCAAAAUCCCACUCGGUGACAACAUUUCGUCUGGGGAAAAUGGCAUCUAUUUCACAGUGGCGGACGAGCAUAUGUGGAUGGAUAUCGCGAAAGGAAUUGCUAGCGUCGGUAGUGCAACCGGCACGUUGAAAUCUGGAGUGGAAUCUGUGUCACUGCAGGAAGCUGCAGAUAGGUGGAUGAAUGGGAAUACUAUAUUUACCGAAACUGUUUUUGCAUCCAACGCAUGGGCGAGAUCUGAUCUGGCAAGGGAACUGGGCUGGAAGCCGAAGUUUGAUGCGUCUCAUCUUCAGUCCGCCAUCGAGGCAGACAUGAAGGCUAUUUUGGGAUAG